AACUAAAUCUGUAACCAAAUCAGCAACGGUGAUAAAUUAGACAGUAAAUUACCAAAAAUAAACAAAAUAUGUGAGGAAUGCAUAUAAAAAAACCACACAUCCAUCUCCGUUGUUCCAAUCAAUCCUCAACCAGAGCCCGGUGUUCAAACCCACAAGACAACAAAACGUCUCACACGCCUAAACGUAUAUAUACAACACAUAUAUACGUUUACGUACGUGAUCUCCGUCUCCGUUAGCAAAAAUGGCUCGUAAUUUCAUGCCCCUGAUGGCAGCUGUCCUCCUCCUCCUCGUCGUGGCCGUGGCAGAUGCCUCCGGCCGUCCAGUGGCCGGAGAUCCAUGCUCGACCACGGACUUCCCCGUGCUGUGCAAGUCGGUGGUGAAGGGGGUGAAGAAACCUAGCGCAGCGACGGCGGCGGCGAUCAAAGCUCUGCUACCGCUGACGCAAAAGGCGAAGGCGAAAGCAAAGAAGGGGAAGGACGACACUUGCUUCUCCAACUUCGACAGCGCCAUUGACAACCUCCAGAAGUCUCUGAAGAACAUCAAAGAGAACGACGGUUUUAGCCUCAACAUCAACCUCAGUGCCGCUUUGACUGAUUUCGAGACCUGCAUCGAUGCCUUGGAGGAAGGCUCUCCCUCCUCCUCCGACCCCAUCGCCAAGUCUGCUCGGCUUUUGAGACAGAUGGCCGAUAACUGCUUGUCCCUCUCCACUCUUCUCCCCCACUAACCACACCGGCGAGAAGAUAUAUACAACAAAAACGUUUGCUUUUUAUAUAUAUAUAUAUAUAUAUAUAUAAAUGGAUCACUUGAGAUUGAUUCUUUUGUAAUGUUUUUUCUUUUUUGCUGUAUUUAUUUGCUGUUCUUUAUCUGAUCGAAGAGAGAGAGAAAAAACUACAAAAAAGGAAGGAGAGAGACAGGGGACGUUCCAUGUAUGUAGUUAAGUUAAUGUUUGGACACCGGGUUCUAGUUUCAGACACGCCUACUUCUGUUAUCUUU